UCGAUAGUCGAUGACCGGCUGAAACAAAAGACAGAUUUUCCAACUUCAUAAACGUUUUUCCGACUGAUAUCUGAUAUGCGCUAAUACAAUGUAUCCUGUGAGCUCACAGAAGAAGUCAUGGACCUUCGCCAACGAGGGCCAGUUGAUGGCGUUCCGUGUGGAGCAGAACAAUAAGUACAUCGAGGAGCAUGAGGCGGAGGCGCAGGCCUACGAUGACCUAGAGGACUAUUUCCUUACGCCGGCUGAGGAGCGCCUGUUGCUGAAGCAGUACGAGAUCUAUUUGUUCGACUUCUGCCGCCGCUUUGAUCCGCCCAUGCCAAAGUGUGUGGUUGGCACAGCGUUCCACUACUUCAAACGGUUCUAUCUGAACAACACGCCGAUGGACUAUCAUCCCAAGGAGAUACUGGCCACUUGUGUGUUUGUUGCCUGCAAAGUCGAGGAGUUCAACGUGUCCAUCAAUCAAUUUGUUAACAAUAUCAAGGGAGACAGAAACAAGGCCACGGAUAUUGUGCUGUCCAACGAGCUACUUCUGAUUGGCCAGCUCAACUACUACCUCACCAUCCACAAUCCAUUCAGACCCAUUGAGGGUUUCCUCAUAGACAUAAAGACCCGCAGCAAGAUGCCGAAUCCGGAGAGAUUGCGUCCACAUAUUGAAAGCUUUAUUGAUUCCACUUUCUACACGGAUGCCUGCCUGCUGCAUGCUCCUUCCCAGAUCGCUUUGGCUGCCGUACUGCAUGCUGCCAGCAAGGAACAGGAGAAUCUCGAUAGCUAUGUGACGGAGUUCCUAUUUGUAUCCGCUCGAGAAAAGCUGCCUGGUCUUAUAGACGCCGUGAGGAAAAUCCGUAUCUUGGUAAAACAAUAUCAGCAACCAGAGCGGGAUAAGGUCAAAGCCAUUGAAAAGAAGUUGGAUAAGUGCCGCAAUCAGGCCAAUAAUCCGGACAGCGAACUUUAUAAGGAGCGCCUACGUCGUUUAUACACCGAUGAGGAUGAUAUGCCUGGUGAAGACGCCUCAUUCCACAUAGCAGAUGUCAGCUCAGAUACAUCGGCCAUGAAUAUAAGCCAAUAACUUUUUGUAUUUCGAUGAUUAAAGAACGAAUUUUGCAUGGUUUAUUAUAACAAAUAUUUAUAUAAAUAUAAAACAAAUAA